GUCGGGCAGCUUACAAACCCUAAGUCCGAACGAUCCGGGCCAAUUGCUGACAUUCCCAAUCUAAUGCAGGUACCACAGCGACGCUACAUUGAAGACAAUGAAAGCGUACCGGAUCGGCCGGAAGCAUGUUGGACCCUGGAUUAACAUGGCUCCUCCCAUCCGGGGAGGCAUCUACACCAAAGAAGAAGCACUAGUAGAGGAUGUCAGCGACUCCGACACUGAUGUUGACGGUGCCAACACCACCGAGGAUGACUGCUCGGGUCAAUCCUCUCACAGCUCCCUGACGUCCGAGUGCAGCAGCAUUGAUGCACAAGAGGUGCAACAACUCAUUGCAAAGAGGCGAUUCAAUGGAAGGACAGACGCUGGCACUGCCAAGUCCGAUGCAUCCGCGGCCAUAUCCAUGACUGCUUCAGAGUAUACGGAGAAGUGUAUGCAGGCAGAAAUCGAUCGCGAUGUCUCCGUCUAUCCAUCCCUAAACCCCCUGGUGCAGGCCGAGAUCAUUCAGAAGUACCGCCAACUGCACCAGAAAGUGCGCGAUGCAGGAUUGUACGACUGUCCCUUUCUCGAGUACGGCAAGGAGAUGGCCCGGUACACGACAAUCUUCACCAUCUUCAUGGUAGCACUGAGAUACGAAUGGUACAUGACCUCGGCAGUGUUCCUUGGGCUCUUCUGGCACCAGAUCAUGUUUACUGCACACGAUGCGGGACACGGCGCUAUUACUCACAUCUUCGCCUUGGAUACUCUCGUCGGUCUCUUCAUCGCAGAUUUUUGUUGCGGUUUGUCUAUGGGUUGGUGGAAGAGUAGCCACAAUGUUCACCACUUGGUGACCAACCACCCCGAACACGACCCGGAUAUCCAGAACGUCCCUCUCUUCGCAACCUGCCCUUCCUUUUUCAAGUCAAUCAAGUCGACAUACUAUGAUGGCUUCGUCUUUUACUGGGAUGCAGUAGCGGAUUUCAUGGUGCCCUACCAGGCCUACACAUAUUACCCUGUCAUGGGUAUCGCGCGUUUCAACCUCUACCUGCUGUCAUGGUUGCACGUCCUGUCGAGGAAAUCCUCAUCACUGGGCAGCAGUAAGGCAUGGUGGAUCCGACCUACCGAAAUCACUUUCAUGGCUUGUUAUUGGUUCCUCUUCGGCUAUUGUCUUCUCUGGCGCACGCUGCCCACGUGGACAAUCCGCGUUGCCUUUGUGUUGGUAUCGCACGUCGUCACCAUGCCCUUGCAUGUCCAGAUUACGUUGUCUCAUUGGGGCAUGCCAACUUCGGAUCUGGGCGAGACGGAGUCUUUUCCUCAACGUCAACUACGCACCACCAUGGACGUCGACUGCCCCGCUUGGCUGGACUUUAUCCACGGCGGCCUGCAGUUCCAGGCUGUUCACCAUUUGUUCCCCCGAGUUCCCCGACACAACUUGAGAAAGGUGCAGGUAUUUGUCAGAGAGUUCUGCGAGGAGACUGGUAUUCCUUAUGUAAUUCUCAACUUUACCGACGGUAACAAGAAGGUUUUGAGCAGAUUGGAGGAGGUAAGCGAGCAAGUCAAGGUCCUCGUCAAGUGCCAGAAGCACAUGGCUGUAACUGGAGAAAGCGGUUUGCAUUGAUUCGAGAACCAUUGUUAUUUUCUGUUUGUUAGCACAUACGAGCGUUCAUGAAAGGAACCUUUUUCACAAAAUGCACAUAAUAAUUUUACAAUAUCAAG